UAUGGACCAUAAAGGCACACAACAAGAAGAAAGGCCCACUAAACUCCAUGGCAGGAAGGUUAACACUAGGGAGAGUGGGAGAAAGAGAGAAACAAAACAACCACCUUUGUCUUUUGGUGCAUCCACAUUGAAGAAAUAACCUGGUUUGAGGCCAUGUUAACAGCUGUGGCAUUCUUAAAGUAGAGUCAAACUGGAUUAUUUCUGCAGUGUGAGUGGUGUAGCUUUUGUGGCUUGAUAAGGAGCAGCCAGCAGGGAGAUUAAAGGCAUCUGGAGAGACCCAAACUUGCCUUGGAUGUUCUUGCAGAGGAAGACCCCCCUCCCACUCACCCCCAAAAAGGAACUGAUGAAAAUGGUUGGGAGAAACUUCCUGCCACUGUUACUGAAUUGUGAAAUGGACAUCGAAGUCUGCCUUCUGCCCAAUUAAGCAGCCGUUUGUUUGGAGAAGGAGGGUUCGUGUCACAUCUGCUCUUUAGACCCAGCCUGGCCAGGAAAACAGAAAAGGAUGAUAGUAUCUGACUGACCUUGUUGUGACGCCUACACAAUCUGGAGCGAGAGCCACCCUUGGCGAGACCUGAUGGUUUUUGCACACUGGCAGAAAUAUUGUUGUGUUGGUCUUUGCCAAAAAAUGAAUCCCUUCAACCUUGGAGAUCCUUUUACUUAUGCAAAUGUCAUGAAAAACCAAGGAAAUCAAGACUUCAGAAAUGGGAAAUAUUCUGUAGCCAUCAAAAAGUAUGAAGAAGCAAUAAGUGCAAUAUCUUUUUUAUGCCAAACACAAGGGGUAUCUUACCAUCGAGAAAUGGCAGUUUUACUGUGCAAUCGAUCAAAUGCCUUCUACAAUUUAAAUAAAUGGGGAGAAGCCUAUUACUCAGCACAAGAGAGCCUCCAGUGGGAUCCAACCUAUGUUAAGGGAUACUACAGAGCUGGUUACUCUCUGAUUAAAUUGUCACAUCCUUUAGAUGCAGCUAGAAUAUUUUGUCAAGGUUUGAACUUCCUCCAUGGUUCAUCAGAUGUGGGUCAGAUUUCUGAUUUUAUAGUUGGCAUCUUCUCAAGUGCUAAUGAUGAAAGGAAUAUUACUCCAAAUCUGUCAAGCAUCUAUAAAAAAACGGUGAAUGAUCAUUUCAGUUCCCUAAUUUGGCAACAAGUGAUUGAAAAGCUAACAAGGAAAGGAUUGUGGCAGUCUUGCCUGUUAUUGGCUGCUGAGAAAGACAAGUUGCCAAGGAAUCUGCGAGUCACCAGUGUGUCACUCAAAGAUCUGUUUGAGAAAUAUGUUGUUUUUGGUCAAUAUGAGAGAAUGGAAAAGGUGCCCAUACUAGUGGAAUGGCUGAUCUCCAUUGGAGCAAACAUACAGAGCAUUGGGACAUAUCCCCUUCAUGCUGUCAUGAUGCUUUGUAUCAAAUCAAAAGGAAGCCACCUUUUCAGGUGGUUAUUGGACCAUAAGCCUGAACUAAAGAGUCUUAUCAACCAGCAAAAUGAAGAUGGAUUUACAGUUCUCCAUAUUGUAGCAUCCCUAUCGAAAGGAUACUCUUUGAAAAAACAGAUAGAUGAUGUGGUGAUGCUGCUCGAUGCUGGGGUGGAUCCAAAGAUCUGUGAUGCACAGUCAAGGUCUGCAAUGAACAUCUUGAAAAAAAACAAGAAGUUCAAGGCUCUGGAUGUCAUCAACAAGCACAUGGCCAGGCAUAUGUUAUGCUCGGAGGAGUCACCAGGGCCGUCUGACAGCAAAGCCACCACAGAUUCCGUUGCAUUACUUCAGGAUGCUUUUGAUCAGUUUGCACAGUUCUGUUUGGAAAACAAUGUGCAUAACAUCAGGAUGAAGCAUGAGAAAGUCCAGAGGCUUUUGAAGCAGCUGUCUACAGUAAGAGAAAUUCCUGAAGAAAUAGUUUGUGAUAUUCCUCCUACCUAUGCCAGCAGCUUUACAAAGCUAUUGCUAGAGAAGCAAAAGUGGCAUGAGGUUCUAUUGCUGCUGACCCGGAAGACUACAGGAGAGAUGUCAUCCGGAGGGGGUCUUCUUAAAAACUUCAGCCUUUCAGACCUUGAUAUUGUGACUGUGUUAAAUCGCAUGGAAAGAUCAGAUAAGCAACAGAUACAGCUUAUAAAAUGCUUGCUAGAGAGAGGAGCAUCACCUGAGGGGAUUGGGACUGUCCAUGAAAAACCACUUGAGAAAUGCUUAAAAAACAAUGAGUUUGAGUUGGCAUAUUUGUUGCUGAGUUCUGGUGCAGAUCCUCGGUGUAUGUCCAUUGUGGAAGGCGAUACUCCUUUACAUGCUGCCCUGUCCAUUUGUUUUGACAAGAAAGAUGAUAUUGGUGUCCAUUUCCUGCGUUACCUUCUGGAAUUGUAUGACUCUAAUCCACCUGCAUUUCCACACCUCAAUCCCAACAGUCAAGACAAGAAUGGAAAUACAAUAAUGCACAUUCUUUUUCAGAAGAACCUAACAAAGCAAGUUAAGAAAAUGUUGGUUUUACUGGCAAAGUUUGACAUAAACCUCAAUUUAAGAAAUAAUACUGGAAAAGAUGUGUGUCACAAAAAAAAGAAGACUGACCCAAUACUUAGAGCUUGGAAUGAAGCUGUGAAUGACAAUAAGAAAAAAACUCGGCAUGUUGCAGGGGAGCAGCUGCCUAAAAUCCCAAAGCAGACUCCAUCUUCCAACAAGUCACAACCAGAAAGUUUAGCUGAUUCUUCAUCUCCACCUCUGUCUAAAAUGUCAACUGGAAAUGAUAAGAAACCAGAAACAGGCAGUGUUUCCCAUAUGCAGAAAUUAAUAGAAGAUACUGUAACAAAAAACUCAGCAUGCAGGGAUGUUAAUAAGCCUUUGACUUUGAGGGAUUGUCUUGUGCAAGAAAUUAUACAGUUAAUUCAGAAACUUUCAUUGUGGGAAGUCUCAGCAAAAAUGAAUUCAUCUACACCAGAAGUACAAAACUCAUCAUCUUCCACAAUGAAAGCCAAAGAGGGUGACCAUCAGCAGGUCUGUGGCCAUAAGGAAUUAAUUUGUAAUAGUAGGGAGGAUGUUUUCCUAAACAAAGACAGUUCAAAUGAAAAGGAUGAUAAUGAACUCGAAGAACUCAAAGGAGAAGAGGAAGCCUCUUCUGAAGAUGAUGAGCCGUUUCAGGAUAUGGAGACGAGCACCCCAGAAUUUGAUAAAAUGACAUGGGAAAUUGAAUGCACACCCGAAGUGUUAAAGAAGUUGGCAAACAAACGUAUGCCUCAUUAUAUGAGGAAUAAGGUAAUCUAUGCAGUUCAGCAGCUGGGGAAUGGUGAAUGGACUCAGGGUCUACAAAAACAGCUGAAACAUUUGAACAGUGGCAUUCAGCUUUAUGAAGCAAAGCUGGGCAAAGGGGCAAGAAUGCUCUGGGAACUUGCAAUAGACUUUUCUCCUCGUUGCAGUGAGACUGCAGAAAAGAUAAUGGAAAGUGAGGAUUCUGCUCAUCCGGCUGGGAGUGUUUACACACAAAUCAUUCGAAUAUGGGACAUUGUACUGGAUCACUGCAAACUUAACAAAGCCAUCUACCAUGCUGCAUCUAUAUGUGCUGCAUACAAUCGUGGACGUUCUUGUAUUUUGAGAAAAAACCUCAAAGUUAUAAACACAAAUUUGCUUUCUUCUAAUAUAAAAAUACAAAAGCGCAUUCCUCAUAUUUACGUUGAAGACACCAAAGUAGACAAAUCAGAAGAUCAUGCUGUGCCUGAAUACUUUCCCCCAGCAAGUGCAGCAGAAACUGAAUACAAUAUAAUGAAAUUUCAUAGUUUCAGUACUAACAUGGCAUAUAACAUCUUAAAUGAUAUGACUUCCACCGUUGAAUAUCCCUUCAGAGUGGGCGAGUUGGAAUAUGCAAUCAUUGACUUGAACCCCAAACCAUUGGAGCCAAUAAUCUUAAUUGGGCGAAGUGGAACAGGGAAGACUACUUGUUGCUUAUAUAGGCUUUGGAAAAAAUUUCACUCUUACUGGGAGAGAACAGAGUUGAACCAGGAUCCGCUGCUGGUUAGACAAGUAUGGCGCAGUCAGAAAUUUUAUACUCAAUUGGAAAACGAGGGCAGUGAGGAGAAAGGCCUUGAUGAAAAACAAGAUGUCUGUGACUCCAGUGAUUCAGCUGAAUUGGAAAUGUCGGCAAGUAUAGAUAAUGAGCAAGAAGAAGAGGAAGAUGACCAAUGUUCUUCAGGUUUAGGAGACUCAGAAAUCAAUUCAUUAUGUGAUUGUGAUGAGGAUGAGGAACAUACUACAGAAGAAUAUGACAAACUGGAGCACUUGCAUCAGAUCUUUGUUACUAAAAAUCAUGUUCUAUCCCGAGAAGUUCAGAGGAAUUUUAUUGAGCUUAGCAAGUCUUCUAAGGUAACCAGCCAUUACAAGCCACUUGAACCAAAUGUUUACCGACUUCAGGAUGUUAAAGAUGAAAAUUUUCCUCUCUUCCUCACAUCCAGACAAUUGUUACUCUUACUUGAUGCCUCUAUGCCUGAUCCAUUUUUCUUUAGGAAUGAAGAUGGAAGUCUUACACACAGCAUUGAUGGAUGGUCUACAACAGAAGAUACAAUCAUCUCAAAUUGGCAAGAGGAAAAUGAAGAUGUUGAUGUUGAAGUUGAUUAUUAUGAUGAAGAUGAGGAGGCUGCAGAAAUUCAUACAAGACCAUCUGAUUCCAGAGUUUUUGUGACUUACAAUGUAUUUGCUAAUGAAAUCUGGCCAAAAAUGACAAAAGGAAAAUGUGCCUACAACCCAGCAUUGGUUUGGAAAGAAAUAAAAUCUUUUUUGAAGGGGUCUUUUGAGGCACUGAGCAGCCCACAAGGUAUACUUACAGAAGAAGAGUACAAAAAACUUGGGCGAAAGAGGUGCCCAAACUUCAAAGAAGAUCGUAGUGAAAUUUACCAACUCUUCUGUCUUUACCAGCGAAUAAGAUCACAAGGGAAUUAUUUUGAUGAGGAAGACGUCUUGUACAAAUUGUCUCAGAGACUCUCUACAUUCAGAGUUCUACCAUGGUGCAUCCAUGAACUUUAUGCGGAUGAAAUUCAGGAUUUCACUCAAGGAGAGCUAGUAUUGCUAAUGAAAUGUAUUGAUAAUCCUAAUGCAAUGUUCCUGACUGGCGAUACUGCACAGAGCAUCAUGAAAGGGGUUGCAUUUCGUUUUAGUGACUUGAGAUCACUUUUCCAUUAUGCCAGUAAAAGCUCUAAUGACAAGAAGCAAUGUAUUGUUAGAAAACCAAGAAGGAUAUACCAACUUCACCAGAACUACAGAUCUCAUUCAGGGAUCCUCCAUUUGGCCUCAGGAGUUGUUGAUUUACUUCAGUAUUAUUUCCCAGAAUCUUUUGAUAGCCUUCCUAGAGAUACAGGCCUUUUUGAUGGCCCAAAACCCACUGUAUUGGAAUCUUGCAGUGUUAGUGAUCUAGCAAUCCUACUGAGAGGCAAUAAAAGAAAAACACAACCAAUAGAAUUUGGAGCACAUCAGGUGAUAUUAGUAGCAAAUGAAACAGCAAAAGAAAAGAUUCCUGAAGAACUUGAUUUGGCUCUUGUGCUAACCAUUUAUGAAGCAAAGGGGUUGGAAUUUGAUGAUGUGCUCCUUUACAACUUUUUCACAGAUUCAGAGGCUUACAAAGAAUGGAAAAUUAUUUCUUCUUUCAUACCUUCCUCUUACUUACCCAAAGAAACCAAGAUGAUAACUGAAACACCCUUAGAGGAAGUUGAUGACACUCAAAGAAAACAUCCUCUGUUGAACCCAGAAAUGUACAAGAUGCUUAAUGGAGAGCUAAAGCAAUUAUAUACUGCUAUUACAAGAGCCAGAGUCAAUCUGUGGAUCUUUGAUGAAAAUAGUGAAAGGCGUGCACCUGCUUUUCAAUAUUUCAUCAAGCAGGAACUUGUUCAUGUUGUCAGAACUAAUGAAGUCUUAGAUGACACUUUAUUUGUUAAAACGUCAACUCCAGAAGAAUGGGUGGCACAAGGAGAAUAUUAUGCUAAACACCAGUGUUGGAAGGUGGCUGCAAAAUGCUAUCAAAAGGGAGGAGCAACUGAGAAGGAGAAACUGGCCUUGGCAAAUGAUGCUGUGCUUCAAGUUCAGUCAAAGAAAAUCAGCCCCAAGGAGAAGCAAAUGGAAUACAUGGAUCUGGCAAAAACCUACCUAGAAUAUGGUGAACCAAAUUUGGCUCUCAAAUGCCUGUUUCAUGCCAAAGAACACCAGCUUUGUGCACAGCUUUGUGAAAAAUUAGGAAAGGUGAAAGAGGCUGCAUAUUUCUAUAAAAGAGGUCAGUGCUACAGGGAUGCAUACAGGUGUUUUGAUCAGAUUCAAGAAUUUGAUUUAGCACUUAAUAUGUGUUGCCAAGAGGAACUGUAUGAAGAAGCAGCAAAAUGUGUUGAAAGAUACGAGAAAAUCCUGCAACAAGAAAAACAGCCAGUUUCCAAACUUUCAUACACAGCAAAUCAGUUUUAUUUGGAAGCAGCAGCAAAAUAUUUGCAUGCAAACAAGAGUAGUGCAAUGAUGGAAAUGCUUUCCCAUCUUGACACUGAAGAUCAGCUUUUUUUCUUGAAAGAACACAAACGCUUUUGUGAAGCAGCUGACCUUUUGAAGAAGGAGGGUAGAGAAGAAGAAGCUGCAAAGUUGAUGAAACAGCAUGGGUAUGUGUUGGAAGCAGCCAGGCUCACUAACCAAAUGGACUUCCGAGCAUCAUGUUUGCUUGCUGCAGCCCGCCGUGGUGUGUUAGGUUGUUAUAGUUUGGAGAAUUUACCAGCUAUCUUGGAAGAAGCCCUAAUACUUUGUGAAGAAACAAACCAAAAGUCUGGCAGUGCAGAGGCAACUUAUUUGAAGGGUGUUCUAAGAAAAGACUUCUGUACAUUGAAGGAGGCCUUCCAUAUGUACUUGCGUGUGAAUCACAUUGCAGGUGCUGUGGAAGCAUUGUUUGAAGCAGCGUGUUGUGAAGGAGACAGUGAAGCCUUUCUAAAGUUAACAUCACAGGGAACAGAAGCACUUCUGAAACUAGUGAAAGCUUUCCAAAAGGCAGACACCAAUGCUGAAAGAGAAAUGGUGAAGUCAUGUUUUGAAUACUUUGGGAUUGUGCAGAUAGACAAGACGAUUUGCCAGAUCUCUCAGAAUGAAGCAGGAUAUUUACUGGGAUAUUUUCCUGAAAGCUUAAACCUGAGAGGGAAGAAAAGUGAUCACUUCACUGCAAGCCUAGAAGAGGUGAAAUCUGUACUAAAUAAGCAUUUGUUGGAGAGGCUGACUACCAUUGUUCACCAUUUACUUGAUCUGAACUUCCCCAGUAUUUGUUCCAAGUUCAUUUCAGGCUUGAAAUGUGAGGACAAAAUCUGUAAGGACUUCCAUAGAGUGUUGUCACAUCCAGAGCUAAAAUCUGUGUUUCAACAUAAAAUGCAUCUGGCUGCAAUAAACGGACUACUGUUAGAAGCCAAGCAAGUAUUCCCAAAAGAUUUGCUUCAUGAACCUAAUGUGAUUGAUGAAUUGUUGACAGCUGAUAAAUAUGCUUUAUGCAGAUCUCUUGUAAAUGCCAUCUUUCCUAAACAUUUCCACCUAAGAAUGAUCUCUGAAAACCCAUGGGCAUGCAAAAAUAUCCUGAGUCUUCAAAGCAGUGGCUAUGUAACUUCUAAUUCUUGCAGAAAGGUAUUGAAAGAAUAUGUAAGAUCUGAGUUCAAAAACGAAACUCCCCAAAACAGAAGAGAAUCUACUGAUUUAUUGCUGAAGACAAUGCAAGUCCUUGCCUUAACUUCUCAUUAUCCUGAGGAGUUUGAAAGGCUUCUUUACAGAGAAGAAGAUGACUACAAGAGAGAACUAACAAUGCCAGAAAAGAGGCCAAGAGGUCAAAACAGAGGUGUUGAGGGCAGGUUUGGUAUGUUGUUGCCUGACAAAUAUGCUGGAAAUGCUGAAAGUACCCACUUGUGUUUCAUUCGACUAUUGCAGGGUUCCAUGGAUCAGCUGUACAUUCACAGAAAUCCUGAGAAGUGUAAAUGGAUGUUCUACCGUUUCAUGAAUGUCUUGGUAAAGAAAUGCACUAUUCCCUUGAUUCCAAGUAUAGGAAACACAGUGACUUUGCUAGAGUUUCAGUUUAUUUUGGGCUGUGCUGUCCUCAUGCGCCUCUGCAGAAGCAUGACUCUUUGCCUUCCUAAAAGUUACAUUGCUCUCUUCCACUACUGGGAUUUUUUGUUCACAAGGGGAGAACGACAAAAGGAGGUAUUUACUAUUAUACAGGACUAUAAGCCACAGGACACAAAACGAGCUAUACAGGAAUUUAAAUUUCAUCUGAGGUAUUUAGCUGAUGUUCUUUGUAAAUAUGAAAAGUUCAAUGUACUCCAAGAUGCUUUUGACGACCCUGAUUCUCUUAUAUCAGGAGAGGCUGAACGCACAGUUGUGCUUUGCCUAGUGAUGUUCGUGAAUGCAGAUCAGUUGCUUGGCUGGCAGUAUAAAAGUAUUUUAUCAGACCUUUUCCCUGUCCUCAGGGAAAGCCUUGUACAAAUGAAAAAGGAGUACCCCUCCAAAGUGCCUGAAAGGUUGUUUAAAAUUGUGGACUUGAUGUGCACAGCCUCUGAUGUUAAAGAAGUAGUUGAAGGCCUCAAGGAACUGCUGUUUUGCCGAGACGAAGAGUUUUUGGCUGACUGUUGUUGGAGAUGGGGUAGCAGGUAUGGAGAUAAUAAAGGGGUCAGAGGUAUUUAUUACAAGAUUGCAGACUUGGACAGAUUUGCAUAUGUCAGUCAGGCAGCAUAUUGGGAAGAGCCAGAGCCAGAUCUUGAAAAGAACAUAUAUUUUGAAGAAAGAGAGGAUCCAUUGGACGAUAUAGCAUCAAUACGGCAGCAAAAGCAACAGCAAAAAGCUUCUGCCAAGCGGAGGUUGAGAUAUCUUUUUCUGUUUGUCCGUUGUUGCAUUAGAUGGAAGAGGGUGUCUUGCUCAAAAUCAGGAUCCUUGGAAAUGACGUUGGGAAUCUUCAAAAAAGCAGACAUUGAUAAAACGCAGUGUGAUCUGUGUGGAGUCAAGUUUGGCCAAAGUUCUGUGAACUUCCCUCCUGAGAUUGAACACUUGGAAAAAGAGCCCACAGAAACAGUGCAAACAGAACUAGAGUGGGAAGAAAGUCUGGAAAGGCAUGAAAACUUUGUGGCUAGUGAAACAUUUGAAAAUCACAUCAUCCUCGCUGAACAUGAAAAUAAAAGCAUCUCUUACCAGAAAUAUUUUGAAUUUUUUAGAAGCAAGAUAGAACCAUUAAUCAAUAAUGGGAAUAAUGUCAUGGAAAAAAUUGUGGAGAAUACCUGCAUCCGAGGUCAUUUUACUGCAAAUGAACAUUCUAAACUAGUACAAAGAAGAAUUGAAGCAGGAAUUCAGAGAAUUACUGAUACAGUGGAAGAUAUCUACAAGAGGAAAGCAUGGAUUGAUGCUGAAGAAAUCAUGUCCAAAUUGGCUUCUGAACUGGAAUCUAAUGUAGAGAGAGCUGUGAAAUGGCUGGAGAAGAUGGAAUCAUCCUUGUUAAAGGAGGAAGAGUCUGACUUUGACAAAGACUUGAAUGGUGAAGUAAGAGAUGAAGAGGUAACAUUUGAAGAACUGCAACCCAAAGAGCCCUCAAAGAAGGGAAGAAAAAGAGGAAGAAGAAAAUAGUUUUUAAAAAAACUACAGAAGUUAACUUUUUUGUUGACUUGGACUUUGUUUUAUUAUUUUUAAUUGCCAUUGAAGUGGUAAAAAUUUGGCUGAAAAUUGAAAUGUGAAAUUGUACUAGCAAAAAUUCACUCCCCCCAACAUAAUCAUUGGUUUCUAUUUAAAAAAUAAUAAUCAGAUUUUGAAUAUAAUCAGCUCCCAGCAGUGAAACAGUCCAGAACAGUAUAUUUGGCAGAGAAACUCACAUUUUUGAAAGAAAACUAAAGUGAGAGGGUAGGGUUUGGAUACAGGGGAGCAUCCUUAACUCUUUGCUUGCCUGCCCCUUUUUGCUUGUAAUGGUCCUCUCCAUUCUUUUACAAGCUUCUCAUUUUCAGAUUGCACCCUCCUCCCAGCUACUUUGCAGCUUGAAGAGGUCUGGGUUUGUAUUCUGCCUCCAUUUAAUGUGAUGGUAAUUCCAUUUUUGAAACCCAUUGUAUUAGUAACUGGAAUGUAUCUGUAAAUAAUAAACUCAUUUCUUUUA